GAGGAGCUCGGACGGCAUGCUGAGCCCCCUCCUCGGCUGAAGCCCCGAGUGCGAAGAAGCAGCUCGGGCCAGCGCAGGCUAAGGAGACCCAGGCACCCCAGGCACGAGCCACAGCCGGAGAGCCGCGGAGCAGCAGCAGCAGCAGCGGGAGAAGGAAGAGGAGGAGAAGCCAGAGAGGGGCCGCGCAAGAAGUGGUGGUGGUGGGCGUCGUGGCCAUGGCGGCAGCAAUCGCCAGCUCUCUGAUCCGUCAGAAGAGACAAGCCCGCGAGCGCGAGAAAUCCAACGCCUGCAAGUGUGUCAGCAGCCCCAGCAAAGGCAAGACCAGCUGCGACAAAAACAAGUUAAAUGUCUUUUCCCGGGUGAAACUCUUUGGCUCCAAGAAGAGACGCAGAAGGAGACCAGAGCCUCAACUUAAGGGUAUAGUUACCAAACUAUACAGCCGACAAGGCUACCACUUGCAGCUGCAGGCAGAUGGAACCAUUGAUGGCACCAAAGACGAGGACAGCACUUACACUCUGUUUAACCUCAUCCCUGUGGGUCUUCGAGUGGUGGCUAUUCAAGGAGUUCAAAGCAAGCUGUAUUUGGCAAUGAAUAGUGAGGGAUACUUGUACACCUCGGAGCAUUUCACACCUGAGUGCAAAUUCAAAGAAUCAGUGUUUGAAAAUUAUUACGUGACAUAUUCAUCCAUGAUAUACCGUCAGCAGCAGUCAGGCCGAGGGUGGUACCUGGGUCUGAACAAAGAAGGAGAGAUUAUGAAAGGCAACCACGUGAAGAAAAACAAGCCUGCAGCCCAUUUUCUGCCCAAACCACUGAAAGUGGCCAUGUACAAGGAACCGUCACUGCACGAUCUCACGGAGUUCUCCCGAUCCGGAAGUGGGACCCCGACCAAGAGCAGAAGUGUCUCCGGCGUACUGAAUGGAGGCAAAUCCAUGAGCCACAACGAAUCAACGUAGCCAGUGAGGGCAAAACAAGGGCUCUGUAACAGAACCUUACCUCCAGGUGCUGUUGAAUUCUUCUAGCAGUCCUUCACCCAAAAAGUUCAAAUUUGUCAGUGACGUUUACCAAACAAACAGGCAGAGUUCACUAUUCUAUCUGCCUUUAGACCUUGUUAUCAUCCAGACUAAAGCCCCAUAAAUUUAGAGUGAGCUUGUGCAAAAGAAUGCCAUGCAUUAUCAAUGAACUAAAUAUGGGAGAAGGACUGCCAAAUUUUCUCAUCAUCUCAUCUAUAUGUUGGGGAUGACAAAC